UGAAAACACAGCUGGUCUAACCUUAUUAUCAUUACAUUUCUAAUAAUUUAAAUUUUAUUAUUAUUCAUUUAAUAUAAAUAAUUAUGACAUCGUGGAUUAAAAUAACUCCAAGAUUUCAUCAAGGAUUAGAGGUGAUUUCUAAACUUGAUAUCGGUAAAUUUCGUUUACUAGUCAAUCAUAUUUGUCAAGAAUUGUUUGUAAAUAAUGAUGGAAAAAUAUUUAGCGAAGAUGAGGAAGAAAAACUAAUAACUUCCCUCAGUUUAGAGAAAGAAACGUUAAAUUUAUUAAUUGAUAUAAUAAUAUUAAUAUACUCGCAAGCAGCAUUUAGCGUUGUAAAGCCUGCAGUGAUGGAAAAUACUAUGAAAGAAUUAUUUCCCUUAUCAGAAGAAAGUAUUUCAGUAUUUGUCAAUGCUUGGAUUACUCAUGGAAAACGAAUUAUUGAUACUCUACGUCAAAAAUCCAUUUUUCCAAAUCAGGUUGAAAACAUCAAUUGGAGUUUUAAUAUCCAAGCCGCGUCUUCAUCAGCAUCUUUUGAUAAUAAAAUGAAUGUUUUAUUACAAUUAGCAAUGACGGGGAAAGAAAAAGAAAAAUUAACUGUCGAGAUGGAUAAAUCGAGUUUAUCUGAUUUAUUUGAAAAUCUAGAAAAAAUUCAAAACCAGUUGGAUGCUCUCAAAUAAAAAAAGUGAGCAGAUGAAUUUUUGCUACGGAAUAUGAUGCACGCAGUGGACUUCAAUAUGGAAUGCAGCAGCUAGUGAUGAUCGAAUGUGUAUUUAUGAUUGGUGUGUUUAUCGAAUUUUGCUGAAAGCUGCGAAAAAUUGUGUGGGGGUUCUUUGGAGCCUCUUCUUGUUCAACUGGCAAGUCUGUCAUCACCAAUAGUCAUCGUAGCGACCGUGACGGCGUCGACCGAGGCUGAAGCUAUUGCCUGAUGUUGAGACCCCGACCCCGCACACUUAAACCGCCUUUUCUCGUCCCCCUGCGUUCUUCUUUACUCGAACGAUGUAGUACCGAACUGCUCGAGGAAUUUGCUCGAGGUAUUCGAUCGGUAUUCCGAUCGUAAUAAGAAGGUAGAGAAGAUUCGCAGGAGAGAGGUCUGACCAUCUCGUGCAAUAUUCUCAGACCUGAUUCAGGAAUAAAAUUUUUUAAAAAACUUUUUUUUUUUUCAAUGAUUCAUUUAUUAAAUGAUUACAAUAAAAUUAAGUGGCAAAAAAAAAGUACGUAAUCGUUUAAUCUUCAGUUAAAAGCUUCCGGGACUUCCCGAGAUUACACGAGACAUUCCAGAGUGCAUUCCGAGUUGUGUGACUCACAUGGUGACAUUAUCAUAAAGAAUACCUUUCGUCAUUCGAAUAGGAUUUCAUAGAUCUUCUCCAAUGCAAUUAUUUUUAAUAGAACAAAGAUACAAUUAAUUAUUAAAUGAUGUCAUUUAUCAUUAAAAACGGUAUAAUAAUUAUUUUUUUUAAUUUAUACCUUCUAUGAUUAAUUGCAUUUAUGUAUAAUUGUUUAUAAACUAAUCUUAACAUAUAAAAUAUAAUUAUUGUCAUUUUUACGUAUUGUAAAUAAAAUAAUUCUAAGAAA